UUUUGGAAGGCUAUGUAUGGUCGGAAGAAGCGGCUGAUUUUGUUUUUCUAAAUUAAUUAUAAAGUACUGUUAAUAUCUCGUUAGCGAUAUAUUCAGUUAAGCGUGUAACCGUAGAAUUAUCGUCGAAGAUGUCCUAUUCUAACAAGUACACAUUCGCGGCCCUGCCGAGGACACAGCGGGGAACGCCGUUGGUUCUGGGCGGUGAUCCAAAAGGGAAGACAUUUUUGUACACCAACGGCAACUCUGUGAUAAUACGGGACAUCGAGAAUCCGGCCAUCGCCGAUGUGUACACGGAGCACUCCUGCCAAGUGAAUGUCGCCAAGUACUCCCCGAGCGGCUUCUACAUCGCAUCCGGUGACGCGUCUGGCAAAGUCCGCAUCUGGGACACGGUGAACAAGGAACACAUCCUAAAGAAUGAGUUCCAGCCGAUCGGGGGCCCGAUCAAGGACAUCGCGUGGUCGGCCGACAGCCAGCGCAUGGUCGUCGCCGGCGAGGGACGGGAGAGGUUCGGUCACGUGUUCAUGGCGGAGACGGGCACGUCAGUGGGCGAGAUCAGCGGGCAGUCGAAGCCGCUCAACUCCGUGGACUUCCGGCCCGCGCGGCCCUUCCGCAUCGUCACCGCGUCCGAGGACAACACGCUCGCCGUCUUCGAGGGACCGCCCUUCAAGUUCAAGUGUACCAAGCAGGAGCACACUCGUUUCGCGCAGGCGGUCCGCUACAGCCCCGACGGGUCGCUGUUCGCGUCCGCCGGCUUCGACGGCAAGAUAUACCUCUACGACGGCGCCACCUCCGAGCUGAAGGGAGAGAUCGGCUCCCCCGCCCAUAAGGGCGGCGUGUACGGCAUCUCGUGGUCGCCGGACGGCAAGCGGCUGCUGUCGUGCUCCGGUGACAAGACCUGCGCCAUAUGGGACGUCGAGACGCGCGAGAGGACCACCACUUUCAACAUGGGCGCCGCCGUCGAGAACCAGCAGGUGUCGUGUCUCUGGCAAGGCGCUCACCUGCUGUCGGUGUCUCUGUCGGGCGACAUCAGCUAUCUGGACGAGUCCAACCCGGACAAGCCUCUUCGCGUGAUCACCGGCCAUAACAAGCCGAUCACGUGCCUCGCGCGCGCCGCCGCCCUCUACACCGCCAGCCACGACGGCGCCGUCACCGCCUGGGAUGUCAAUACUGGUUGCGGUCGUCGCGUGGGCGGCGUGGGUCACGGCAACCAGGUGAACGGCAUGUGGGCGGGCGGAGACACCCUCCUCACUGCCGGCAUCGACGACUGCCUGCGCCGCGCCAAACAACCCGCUGAAGGCGAGGUGGCGGUGUACGGGGGCUCGGCGCUGGCUCUGGGCUCGCAGCCGCGCGCGCUCGACCACGUGCCCGCCGAGGACCUCACCGUCGUCGCCACAGUCAAGGAGCUGAUCGUGGUGGUGGGUGAUGUGAAGCAGUCGUCGCUGGCGAUCAGCUACGAGCCCACGUGCGUCACCAUCGAGCCCACGCGCCGACACGUCGCGGUCGGAGGUCUGGACAACAAGGUGCACGUGUACGUGCUGGCGGGCGCGUCGCUGUCGCCACUGCGGGAGUUGGAGCACCUGGGCGGCGUGACGGCGGCCCGCUACAGCCCCGCCGGCACGCACCUCGUCGCCGGCGACACGCACCGCAAGAUCAUCGUCUACACCACCGACGAGUACAAGCUGGCGCACAAGAACGAGUGGGGGUUCCACACGGCGCGCGUGAACUGCGUGGGGUGGAGCCCGGACGGCGCGCGCGUGGCGUCCGGCUCGCUCGACACCAGCCUCAUCGUGUGGUCGCUCGCCGCGCCCGCCAAGCACACCGUCAUCAAGAAUGCUCACCCGCAGAGCCAGAUCACGGACCUGUGCUGGCUGGACGACGCCACGCUCGCCUCCGUUGGCCAGGACGCCAACACGCGCAUAUGGAACGUGCCCGCCUAACUCCGCCCGCCCUCCUCCCCUCCCCCCACUGACAUUCAGCCACGUCCAGCUCCGAUUUGAACGUCGAUAGUUUUUUUGUAAUUGCAGUUGCAUACUUAUUCCUACAGUCAUAAAAUGGUCUACACGUUUAAGGGUCGAGCUAUAUGCGUUCGGCCGCUACGCCGCGAGGUCACGAGCGAUUGUAUGUAAAUACCGGCGUGGUGUAGCGGCCGAACCGCUCGGCCGAACGGCCGUAUAUGAAUCGAGCCUAAGUCCUCGUUUUUCAAGUUAGCUAAGUAGCACUAAAGCUAAAUCAAUCAAUUAUUUUUUAAUAUGGUAAGUAGUUACAGUGCAUAUUGUUCGGUACCAGGCGAGGACCAAGCAUGGUAUAUAAUACUUGUUGAAGUUCAAAUCGGACGUGAACACAGUUCUAUUUGUAGUACACAAAAUGUGACACACACCCAUAAACUACGACGUAAGUGGAUGAAGUGCGUAAGAACCAGUCUACACGGCGCGUUGCG